AGGGGCCGGGCUGGUCCCGCCGGGAGCCCGCCCGCGCCGCGGGUGCGUGGAGCGGGCGUGCGCCUCGGCGGUUACGGGCACGGCGGCCGCGAGAGCCGAGCGUGUCCCGAGCAGUCUCAGCCCCGAAAACGCCUCCCUGCGGCCCUUACGGAGGAUGCGGCCGCGUAAAAAGUGUGUGGAGGAAUAAGUAUGAAUUGCCCAGAGGAGCUGAAGGUGGCCCAUUCUGAGAUUAAUUUAAUAAUCGUUUGCUUAGAAAACUUCCUGCAUUGUUCAUGGAGUUUUUCAUCAGUAUGUCUGAAACCAUUAAGUAUAAUGACGACGAUCACAAAACUGUGUUCUUGAAAACACUGAAUGAGCAACGUUUGGAAGGAGAAUUUUGUGACAUCGCUAUUGUGGUUGAAGAUGUUAAGUUCAGAGCCCAUAGGUGCGUGCUUGCUGCCUGCAGUACCUACUUCAAAAAGCUUUUCAAGAAACUUGAAGUUGAUAGCUCAUCAGUAAUAGAAAUAGAUUUUCUUCGUUCUGAUAUUUUUGAGGAAGUUCUCAAUUAUAUGUAUACUGCAAAGAUUUCUGUUAAAAAAGAGGAUGUAAACUUGAUGAUGUCUUCAGGCCAGAUCCUUGGUAUUCGGUUUCUUGAUAAACUCUGCUCUCAAAAACGUGAUGUAUCUAGUCCUGAAGAAAACACACAGUCCAAGAGCAAGUACUGUCUAAAAAUGAACCGUUCUAUAGGGGAACCCAAUGAUACCCAAGAUGAUGAGGUGGAAGAGAUCGGAGAUCAUGAUGACAGUCCAUCAGAUGUGACAGUGGAAGGCACUCCCCCAAGUCAGGAAGAUGGUAAAUCACCAACCACUACCCUGAGAGUGCAAGAGGCAAUUCUGAAAGAGUUGGGAAGUGAAGAAGUUAGAAAAGUAAACUGUUAUGGCCAAGAAGUAGAGCCUAUGGAAACAACGGAAUCUAAAGACUUAGGAUCUCAGACACCUCAGGCACUCACAUUUAAUGAUGGCAUAAAUGAAGUGAAAGAUGAACAGACGCCAGGAUGGACCACAGCAGCCGCGGAUAUGAAGUUUGAGUACUUGCUUUAUGGUCACAGGGAACACAUUGUAUGUCAGGCUUGCGGCAAGACCUUUUCUGAUGAAGCGCGUUUGAGAAAACAUGAAAAACUACACACUGCAGACAGACCAUUUGUUUGUGAAAUGUGUACGAAGGGCUUCACCACGCAAGCUCAUUUGAAAGAACACUUGAAAAUACACACGGGUUACAAGCCUUACAGUUGUGAGGUGUGUGGGAAGUCUUUUAUUCGGGCACCAGAUCUAAAAAAACAUGAAAGAGUUCACAGUAAUGAGAGGCCAUUUGCAUGCCAUAUGUGUGAUAAAGCUUUCAAGCACAAGUCCCACCUCAAAGACCAUGAAAGAAGGCACCGAGGAGAGAAACCUUUUGUCUGCAGUUCCUGCACUAAAGCAUUUGCUAAGGCAUCUGACCUAAAAAGGCAUGAGAACAAUAUGCACAGUGAAAGAAAGCAAGUUACAGCAGCCAAUUCCAUCCAGAGUGAAACAGAACAGUUGCAGGCAGCAGCCAUGGCUGCUGAAGCAGAGCAGCAAUUAGAAACUAUAGCCUGUAGUUAAAAACUAAAGCAGGAAUUUUAUCAGAAUAAUAUAAGAAAUGAAAUGGAGCAAAAUUUGUUGUUGAUGUACAUUUAGACUGAGAAUCUUUUCAAGAAAGCAUAUUUUUAGAGGAUUUGAAUGUUACAUAGGGAUAAAUACAUAGCUUCUCUUGGUUAGGUAUUUUAAAACAUUUCAGAGAUGGGUAUUCUUAGAAUGUGAAACAGUUUCAUUGUCACUAGCAGUAUAAUGCACUAAUAACUGCUUUAGUUUCAGAAUGUGAUCAAGUUCUCUGCACCUGGCUCUCAGCAGCCACGGGAUGGAGGUUCACUGUCCCGCAAGUGGCUGGUGGGCAGAUACUUGUGUGGCUGUCCCCGAGUCUCUGCCGAGACUGUUGCGGGUGGCGGUGAUUGCUGCAGCGCGGGGAGCACAGUAGAAGCACAGAGCACAAGGAAACAGAGGCAAAUAAGGGAAGGGCACUUGUCUGAAUCUCCAAAUCUUUAAUGACGAAGUCGGGGUGGAACAAGUGAACUGAAUCUUGACCUGAACAGAGUACUUUUAUAGGGUAGAGGGAACAUGGGGAGGGCAUAACCUUUAACCAAUAGGAGGGCAUUAGGGGAGGGGUGCAGGGUAAGGGCUCCCCAGUAGAAGCCAAUAUGGGGAGGGAGCAAAUUUUACAACCCAAUUCUGCUUUGAGGAGGGGAUGAGAGACGGGGAACUCUCCAGAACCAAAGCAGUGUGCUAUCUUAGACAGACAGGGGUGAGACAAGGGAACAAGGGAAGUAUACAGGUGGAUUGACAUAUAUUUUGUUGGGGAAAACUGUGGUAAACAACUCAGGACUGAACCUGAGGAAGCCAAAUGGGGUACAUGCACUGAACCAUUACAAACUUAUAACAAGGAAUAUUAAAAACAUACUACAUAAGAACCAGCUGUAAAAUAACAGACUACCACAUCUCCCUGUAUUUUGUUUUAUAAUGUUGAAAAACAGCUGAGGAGAGGUACCAACUCCAUCCUGGAACUGAGUUCUUUUAAACUAAUGUGCUUUCAGGGGCACCUUCUUCCCACUACUCUUGGUCUGUAGUGGUAGCAGCUACCACAGUCUUUGAAGAGGAUGGGUUGGCUGUGGCAGUGGGAAUAACUUGUUUUAAGAUUCCAAAAACUAUUGAGACUAGAAAUACAGCAACUAUAAAGCAACUAAUGUCUUUUGCAACAGAAAGCAUCCAGACUGACAGGCCCCAAUUCUUGAAUCAUCAUAGCUGGUCAGGUGGUUGUCUAGGAAAAUGACAACACAACCAUGAAAUACAGGCAACCAAACACCACGUGGUGGGAAAAAGAGUCAGGGUCAUCCUCCUCCCUUGCGACGCUUUCCGUCUGAUGCAACUGUAUAAUUGGCGGGGUUAUUUUGGGGAUUUAAAGGGACAAUUUCCGACUCAGUUUCCUCUCUUGUAUGGUUUCAUCCACUUCUUGGGCAUCCACUUUACUCCUGAGAACGUGGACAGACAUGCAUAUCCACGGCCCCAUGUCACUAAUUUAAAGGGACCCUGGAUCUCUUUAGAGUCUGGAUCUCUCACCAUAACAGGAGGUCUUUCCUUGACUGGCAGUUGUUGGUAAUUGUAAAAAUGCCUCAGGACUGGUGGGUUUGGGUUGUCAAAGGAGCAGUUAAGAAAGUUGAUAGUAAACAAAGCUUUGUACAACCUGUGCUGCGGUAACAAGACCUGGAAAUCUCCUCUCUGGUGGGUUGUAUUGUGUUUUUAUAUUUCUGUAACAGUUCUGUAAUGGUGUGCCCUUCCACCCCCCAUUUUCUCCCAAUGGUUCCACCCCAAGUUUUCCCGCCGUUCCCUCAGUGCCAAUCUCCCUGAAAAUGCUUAGUCACUUCCCCCUCCCCUCUCUGGUACCCACUUGGCUCCCCAUCCCAUUCUUCCUGAAUCUUCUACCCUGGGCGUUGAGGGAUUGGAUGAGGGCCCGAAGUCCCGCCCUUAAGUUUCCCCCAUUGAUUCUUGUAUCUGUCUCUCCUUUCACCUUCCCUUCCCCCAAAUCCCCCCAUUGGUCAAUGGGCGUUCCCUUCCCCUGGUUUUUAAGAUGUUGCACCUCGGUAUUUAAGAUGUUGCAAAAGCCUCGAGGCCACUUUUGGCUGCUGGAUUCUUUGUAGCUCCAAGCUCCCCAGAGCCUGGAUUAAAACCAAAACUGUUUUCCUUGCCUUAAGUCAACUCCCUUAUUAUCUCCUCUGACGCCCCUCUCCUCCAAACAAGGCAGACAGUGUAACUUUCUGCCUUAGCCGCUCCCCCACUCUCCUCUAGAACCAGGGGAGUGACCCCCGCACCUGACUGUGCCUCUGCAGGGCAGCAGAAGCCAGGGGGCUUCAGAUUAGAACAGCAGCAGCAGGUGAGGACUUUUUUGAGUGUUUGAUGGGUCCUCUCUAUCACAGCUUGGCCGGUGGGGGAGUAUGGUCCGAUGUUGAACUCCCCAUUCCUGCAAAAACUCACUGAACGUCUUGGAUGUAUAGCCUGGGCCAUUAUCUAUUUUGAUGGUUUUGGGGACUCCCAAGGUUUCAAAGGCCUGUACAAGAUGUUUCUGUGCAUCUGAGACCUUUUCCCCUGCAUGGGCCGAGGCAAAAACUGCUCCCAAGAAGGUGUCCACUGAUACAUGUACGUUUUUCAGCUACCUGAAUUCAGGCACAUGCGUCAUGUCAGUUUGUCAGACCUCACAACUGCAGAGUCCUCUUGGGUUUACUCCUGAACUCACUGAUGGUAAGGAGGACUCCUGACAGUUUGGGCAUGUGACCACAAUCACCUUGGCCUGAUCAUGCCUCAGGUUAGAAUUGGCGGAUCAGACCAGGAACGUUUUGAUGGAAUUGCUGAUGGCUAAGCUUGGCCUGUUGGAAGAUGUUAGGUUGGCUGGCCAGCUGCAAAGGGGCAGCUAGGACGUCUGUGCUAUUGUUCUCUUCACUGAUGAACCCAGGGAGGUCAGUGUGUGACCUCACAUGCAUCACAAAAAAGGAUUGCUCUCGGUGGGAAACUAGAUAUACAAGCUUUGAGAGCAAGCCAAAGAUGACUGGAUUGGAGACUUCCUUCAAGACUGCAUGUUCUACUCUGGACACCACUCCUGCUAUGUAAGCUGAAUCGGUAACAAUAUUAAUUGAUACUGGGAAUUUCUCAAAGACCCUUAUGAGUGCAUCUAACUCAGCAACUUGAGGAGAGCCCUCUACAAUUUUAACAUCGGCUUCCCACUGCUGAGUUUGAGGAUUUUUCCGGGUCAUCACUGACUUGUGGGACACUCUGGACCCAUCAGUAAAGACUGUCAAGGCUUUUAAUGGGUGUCUACUUUGAAUUUCUUUUGGAAUCAAAUUAAACUCGACAUUAAACAAUUGGUGAGCUUAGUGAUGGAAAGAAAUUUGGCCUGGAUAACUGUCCACAGCAAACUGCAAAUUCUUGUUUUUGUGGAGCAAGUGCUUCAAGGUCUCGUUGGUUAGUUUCUCAGCUGAUGUUUUGAUGGGGACAUGGAUACACGUGAAGUCGCACCCCGCCAACAGUUGCAGACGGACUUUAGCCUUUAUGAUCAACUGAGCCAUCAGCUCCUGUGGCUGCGUGAUGCUUUUGGACAACUGAUGAGUGAGGAACACCCACUCUAUGAUUAGGAGAGGGUCCUUCUGGUCCGUGUCCCAUUGAAAAAUGAGCCUGUGAAGGUGUGGUAAACUUACCUAAGAUAAUGUAGCAGAAGGGAAGGCCCUCACACCUACAAUGGGCUUGCCAGCCUGCCAGUGUGGAUUGCACCUUCUCAGAGCACUGUCCUCGCCUCCUGGGUCAAGGCCCUCGGAGAAUCUAACCCCUCUCCCCACCUCAACAAGUUGAAAAGGGGAGACAGAUCCUCCAUGGUGAGCCCCAGCCAGGGCCUGAUCUGGUUCAAAGACCCACACAACUGUUGGAGGUCCUGCAGGGUUUUUGCGUUGUCAUUUAUGAAAACCCUCUGGAGCUUGAUGGUCUGGUUGAAAAUUUCAAGCCCUAGAUACUUCCAAGGUGGCAGCUUCUGUACUUUCUCCCUUUGCAACUCCAAUCCAUCUGUUGCCAAGGCAGUGAUAGUAUCCUCAAGCACUCCUGCAAGCACAUUGUCAUUGGGGGCACAAACAAGAACAUCGUCCAUAUAGUGAUAUAUGAUGCAAUCUCUGGUUCUAGCACACACUGGGGACAGGACUCUGGCGACAUACCACUGGCAGAUGGUGGGAGAACAUUUGAGGCCCUGAGGCAAUACUCUCCAGUGAUAGCACUUCAUGGGAGCUUCUCUAUUGAUGGAGGGCACAGAGAAAGGAAAGCGUGGAGCAUCGGCUGGGUGAAGGGGAAUUUGAAAAAAGCCAUCUUUUAUAUCGAUGACAGCCAAUGACCACUUUUGGGGCAGCAUUGAAGAGGAUGGCAUCCCUAGUUGGAGAGGCACCAUGUCCUCGAUUACAUCAUUGAUUUUUCUCAAAUCGUGGAGGAGGCACCACUUAUCCCUCCCUGGCUUUUUGAUGACAAAGACUGGGCAGUUCCAAGGGCUAUUGGCUUCAAUGAUGUGACCGUUGGCCACCUCCUCCUCAGCAAUCUGAGUGAGCGCACUUAAUUUCUGUGUGUUCAGUGGCCACUGUUCUACCCACACUGGUGUAUCUGUCAACCAAUUUAGUUUCUGGGCAGGGUGCUCCUCAGUGACUGCCACUAAAAAUCCUGAGUGUCUGGAAGUUCCAAUUUGCCCUCCCAUUGAGACAUGGCAUCUCUCCCCCAUAGGGUGAACUUGGAAUUCAACAGAAAUGGGUGUAUGGAGCCCAAUUUCCCAUUCGGUCCCUCAGUUUGUACAAUGCUUCUGGAUCUUUUAGCUAAUUGGAUGCCCCCAACACCUAGAACUUUGCUGGGCACACUUUGCAGCUCCCACUGUGAUGGCCAUUUUUGUGGAGAAAUGACCAUCACGUCUGCCCCCAUGUCCAUCAUACCUUGUAACUGGAAGGAAUGCCCCCCACUUUUAAGGUCACACCAUACAAGGGGCUUGUCGUCUUCCAGCACUUCAGUAAAAUAAAUGGAAAGGUUCAGGUCAUUGCUGAUGGCAUAGAGCACUGGAAUGGCCUGCGCAAUGACUUGGCCCUCCAGCAGGAAGAGGAGGGGAUGGACACAGUGGGCCAUGAGACUGAAACGCUCGGGAUCAAGUGACAGGAUUCUUGGGGCAAUUUCAAUCUCAAGGGAAGUGUUCUUGAUGUCCCCAACAGCAAGGUACUUGCAGUUUAAAGAUGGGGAGUGCUUAUAAGUCUCCACCUGAUAGAUGUGAGGGAGAAGUCCAGAUGCAGCAGUGACUACUUGCCAGGCCUGAUCAGGAAAGAAAAUAGGAUUAGUUAAUCUCAGCCGGUAAGGUUUUUUUUAAUCUGAGGUUAUUACUUGAGCACUGGCAUUAUUGUCAGCGACCCCUCCAUGGGCUGCCCUAUUUUUAUUGAUGCACAGGGCAGACCCACGCUCUGUAUUUAGUUUUUUUGUGGCUGGGAAGCUUCCCCGUCCCCUGCCCCUCCCCUCCCUGGAGCCACCCUUCCUUUGAAGAGGCAUUGACUUAUAAAAUGUCCUUGAUGGCAGUGGAAGCAUCUCCUCCUAGGUGGUUGAUUCCCUCAGGUAGAGGCUGCUGAAGCUGCUGUCUGUUCCCACAAGGCUGGUUUCCUCAGGGUGUCUUCUACAGUGUUUAUGGUUUUCUUGGUGCACUUCUCUAUAAGCUGGUCUAGGGUGGGAGUUGGAGUUGAAGGGAGUGACAGAAUGACUUUUCUACAGGCUUUGUUUGCAUUGCUGGAGACUAUUUCUAGUAUCAACUGUUCUUGUAUCUCUAGGUUUUUUACUCUCUUUUCUACAGGAGCACAAACCCAUUCAAAAAAGCCCAUAAAUGCCUCUGAAAAAGACUGCCUAAUAAAAUUACAGGGUUGGAUUCGUUCUUUGGAUGGCAUGGUCAAGAAAGCUUUCUCUGCAGCAUCUUUAACUUGAUCUAGAACUAUUUUUGGAAUCCCCCCAGCCUAUUUCCACACCUGCUACCAGUCACCCUCACUGACCAGAUGAUCAAAGGUGAUAUCAUUCCCAUCUCAAUCAGUGGAGCAUUCAGAGUUCUGCAAAAGCUGUGGAAGAAGGUCUCCCACUAAUCUUUUCCACAUUCGCUCCCAUAAUUUAUAUUCGGAUGAUGUGAACAAGCAAUUAAAAAGCCUUUUUAAAUCUGCAAGAACCAGCAUGUAUGAAGUAUAUGUUGCUUUUAAAAGACUCCUAAAAAACUCGCUUUUCUGGCUGAAUUCACGCUGUGUUCUGCAAAGUUCUUUGAUGCUGAUGGUUCCCACCUGGGGUGAUCUCCCCUCGCAUUAUAAGCGACUUGGGUUAGGAAAGGUGAGUUGUUAUUUUCGACCACUUCUGGUCUCCCUGGCACUGCACUCCCGGUUCCCCUGUUACUGUGAGAACCAGAACCCAGAGCGUGGGAAACAGGAGGGUGGUGGGCGGAAACCUGAGCGGAGGCAGCCGAGGAGGAGGAGGAGGAGGAGGAGGAGGGGGCUGGUGAUGACACAUCAAUGGGAGGAGCAGUGGGUGGAACCAUGGGUGGGGUGAAAAUUCCCUCCCGCAAAGGAGGAGGAGGGACCCAGGGAGAGGGGAGGAUCAGGAGUCUGGGAGGGAAGAGAGAGAAAGGGGUUCUGGGAAGAAGAAGCAUCUGCUACAAGGCUGAAACUUUUCUGUGGUGCUUCGGUGGGAUGAGAGAAAGAACCAUCUUGGAACUGAGAACUAGGAUUUCUAAUCGGGAUAAAGGGAUUGGAUUGAGGGAUCAGGGUGAGGUCCCUGAGAGUGUGGCCAUCACUACUAGAGCAGGGGUUCCAAGGGGACCUGGGGGAGCCAGGGAGAUGGUGGCAACCCUGCAUCUUCUGAGGAUGGGCUGCUCCCCUCUGUCCACCCAGUGUGAAGGAAGGGAAUGGGAGAAGAAGGUGGGGAAGAGGCGUUUCUGGAGAAAACCAGGGGUAAACUCGCGGUUUGGUUUUUAACUCCCUUUUCUUUCACUUUUAACACAUCCCAAAUCAACAGAAAUAAUGGCAAAAUCCCUCUUUAAUGGAGGAGUCACCUCUCUUUGUUAAAUCAAUCAAUUUAGCACCUACUUGUUUCCAAAACACAAAAUUUUGCACAUCUUGUGAAGUAACAUUUGGAAAGUUAAAAAACAACCACCUCAUGAACCUUUUAACAAUGCCUUUUGAAAACACAAGACCCGCCUUUCCCAGGGACUCUGUAACUUGGUAAUAAACUUCCCUUUGUUGGGUAGACAGCCUGGUGCCCAUCCUGUCUGCCUAGCUUAGCUUCCAACCAUCCUCUGCAGGAAAAAGGAGAGAAAAGAAAAAGAGUCCUGAAAUCCAAUGGGGACAAACUGAGCAUGCCAUGCGUUGUGUGUCCCCUUGCCUUGGGAAACAGCUGUCCACCCGCCGAGCCCCUGGCCGGGUCCCUCUCAGACCAUCAGAGAACUCACCAAACUAUCAACUUCAGGAAAUAGAGCUGCAAAAGGGAUCCUUGGUCCCAAGACACCUUCCCAGAUGCUGACAAGAAAGCUACGUCUCUUUCCUCUGGGAGCACCGCUGACUAAAACGGAGUGUGUUCACAUGGAGGCGAUGGCACAGCAUGGUUUAUGAAUGCAGGGGCAUGUUUACCGGCAGUAUAGUCUGUCCGUUGGGUUUCUUCACGCGGAAACUGUGGCACCGCUUCCCACCAAUGAUUCUUCUCAAUGAAAGCUCAGCGCUGCUCCCUGCCACCACUUCUUCGUGGUGAAAGUGUGGCACCGCUUUUUGCCACCGCUUCUGCACCGUGGCAACAUGCAGCGCCAAUGCUGGCAAUCCUUCCAGCAGCGAAAAUGCACGGAGAAAGCCUUGCGGCAACAAAGAAGGCUUAACGUUGGUGUGCCACCUGCGCCUGGCUCUCAGCAGCCACGGGAUGGAGGUUCACCGCCUGGCUGUCCCACGAGUGGCCAGAGGGCAGACACUUGUGUGGCCACCCCCGAGUCUCUGCUGAGACUGGUGUGAGUGGCGGUGAUUGCUGUGGCGUGGGGAGCACAGCAGCAAUCACCUGCUGCUGUGGACGCAUGAGGAAACCAAGGCAAAGGAAUAAGGGAAGGACACUUGUCUGAAUCUCCAAAUCUUUAAUGACGAAGUUGGGGUAGAAUAAGUGAAGGGAAUCUGAACCUGAAGGGGCUACUUUUAUAGGGUAGAGGGAACAUGGGGAGGACACAACCUUUGAAAAAUAGGAGGGCAUUAGGGGAGGGGUGCAGGGUAAGGGCUCCCCAAUAGAAGCCAGCAUGGGGAGGGAGCAAACUUUACUACCCAAUUCUGCUUUGAGGAAGGGAUGAGAGACAGGGAACACUGCAGAACCAAAACAGUGUGCUAUCUUUGACAGACAGGGGUGAGACAAGGGAACAAGGGAGGUAUACAGGUGGAUUGACAUGUGGAUUGACAUACAUUUUGUCGGGGAAAACUGUGGUAAACAACUCAGGACUGAACCAUUAGGGAAGCCAAAUGGGGUACAUAGACAAAACCAUUACAAACUUAUAACAUGGAAUAUUAAAACAUACUGCAGAAGAACCAACUGUGAAAUAACACUACCGCAAUUCUCUACAACAGGGAUCAUCACUGGCUGAUACUUUGCUUCAUCCAGUAUGGAAUACUGAAUAUGAUGUAAACAUUGCAAUCAAUGAGAAUCAGUGAGUUAUGUUGGAAAAUGCUAAGAUCUCAAAAAUCACAAACAUGGAAAGAAAGGAUUUGGUUUUCAUGAUUCUUAGGUAUUAUACCUACAAUUUUUUGAGAAGUGUAUAUUGAGUCCCUAAGCUUUUUAAUUCCUCCUUUUUUUCACCUAAUCUAGGCUGGUACAACAGAAUAUAAAGGAGAAUGGUAAUCAAAAUGAAAUUUCUUCCUAUUCCACUCCCUCAGAUAUCCUCCUAUUUUUAUAAAGGUGGCAAGUUUAAAUGAAAUACUUGCAUUCUUGAAAAAAUUGCAUUAUUCACAAGGAUUCUGGCUGGCAAAGCAGAAAAGUCAUGGCAUUCACCAGUCCCUUCUGUGGGUGAAAAUGUCUGCCUCAUUUGUUUAUAUGUUCACUUUUAUAUAGGGCCCCAGAGACGGGACUGGGCUGCAAAGGAAAAAGGGUGGAGCAUGGAGGAGACGUGUUCCUUACUCAAACCCAGUAAAAAUCAGUAAAAUCUAAUACAGCCUGAGAUGGUUUUUUUAUUAUGCAACUUUCAGUCACCUAACCUAGCACAGUGAAGGUAGAUGAGUAUCUGCAUGAGCAGGUGACCAGGUGUCACUGCCAGACUCCUGAAGUUUCAGCCACAGGUGUCACAUACCUGCCUGCAGGGCUCAGCUGGGGUUUGUGUCAUGGCUGAUCAAGUUUAAAAGCUUCCAUCUUUUGACCCCCACCCCUCAUCAGACUUCAGUGAGUAAGUUCUGUCAUAAUUGAUCCUGGAUGAGUGUUCACUAUUAGUCAGUUUUUUAAAACCAGCUGGGGUACAUGCUGAUAACAAUAGUUAACUCACAGAGUCAAGAAAACAAGUGGUCUUUGGAUUGUAGUCUGCUACUUGUGGUCCUCAAGAGAAGACCCAGUAACAGUGGCAAUGUAAUCCAAAGAUAUAUCAACCCUUUAUUUUAAAUUUGUAAGUACUACAGCUGUUGUGAAAUCUUCAUUUGAAGUUGGAAUGGGCAAAAAACACCCUCUUGGGCACAUGAUUGAUAACACUGGUCACUUGCGAUACCUAUAGCAUAUCAAAGUGUUAGGCCAGUUUCUGAUAAGUUACUGUGUGGUAGAUCACAUCUUGCUUUUCUAAAUAGAAAUUUAAAAUAGUGUUUCUGGAACUGUUAUAUGGGACUUCAAUUAUUGAGGGGUUUUUAUUUGACUGAGGGGUUUUUUUUUACAGCUUAAUUUUAUUAAUGUAUUCAUUGGGUUAAGCAGUUAUCUUAAAAUGCCAGUAAUUGUUCAAAUGCUGGUCUGUAAAUAAAGCAUGACCUUAAUAUUUUAGAAAAUGUAAACUUUGGACCUUUACCAAUAUAUUUUUUUAAAAUGUUGCUCCAUUUUGCAUUCAGUAAUAUUAGUUUGUAAACAAACUAUACAUUUUGUACCUGUGCAACAUCAGAGGAUGUGUAUUCAUUGCAUUUUAUUGGUUCUCUUGAGGAACAUGAUAAAUGACCAUUGUUAAAAUGUUUUACUGUAUCUGAUCAUAGAUAUAAAGACAGUAGGUCCAAAAUAGGAUCUACUUUGUUUUUUCUAAA